AUGGAUAAGAUACGAGCUUUGGUUAAGGGCCAGCCCCGCCAGUCGAAGGAGGCUGCUGCACCUGAGAGAGAGAGUCAUCCUGCCGGGAUGGUGAACACACCAAUUCCAAGAUUAACAUGGCGCUCUUUGGUGAUGGGAGUCUUCGUGUCGAUGGGAGGGUUCCUCUUCGGUUAUGACACUGGCCAGAUCUCGGGGAUACUGGAGAUGCAGAAUUUUAAGAAACGGUUUGGCGAACCUGGGCCUGAGGGAUACUCUUUCUCCAAUGUUCGGGCAGGAUUGAUUGUGGCGCUGCUUUCUGUUGGAACAUUGAUAGGCGCCCUUAUAGCUGGUCCUUUGGCUGACAGAAUUGGGCGAAAAUGGUCUAUAUGCAUUUGGUGUGGAAUUCUUUCGGCAGGUAUAAUCGUGCAGAUUACCUCGCCGGUGCCCAAAUGGUACCAGGUUGCGAUUGGGCGGUGGGUUACCGGCCUAGGAGUUGGUUCACUGUCGUUGCUUGUUCCGUUAUACCAGGGAGAGAGCGCACCAAGACAUAUUCGUGGCGCUCUGGUUAGCACCUAUCAACUCUUCAUCACUCUCGGCAUUUUCAUCGCCAAUUGCAUCAAUUAUGGAACCGAAGCCCGCCCCGAUUCCAGCUCUUGGAGGAUCCCAAUGGGAGUGACAUUCAUCUGGGCUGCCAUUCUGGGCUUUGGAAUGAUCUUUUUCCCCGAUACCCCUCGAUACGACUAUCGACACAACCGGGUAGAGAAAGCCAAGCGAACGAUGAUGAAACUCAAUGGAGUUCCUGAAAACCAUGAGAAGCUGCAUGAAGAGUUCAACGAGAUCCAACGCCAAUAUGAAGAAGAUGAACUUACGAAAGACCAGCCUUGGUACUCGAUUUUCUUCGCACCAACUAUGCGCUCCAGACUGCUUCUUGGAAUAACACUGCAAGCGUUCCAGCAGCUUACUGGCGCAAAUUACUUCUUCUACUACGGCACAUUUGUGUUCAAGGGUGCCGGCUUAAGCAAUAGCUUCAUCACCCAAAUGAUUCUGGGCGCCGUCAACUUCAUCGCAACAUUCAUUGGAUUGUAUAAUAUCGAGCAUUUUGGAAGACGCAAGUCCUUGAUUGCUGGAGCGCUAUGGAUGUUUGUGUGCUUUGUCAUCUAUGCCUCUGUCGGCCAUUUCGUUCUCGAUCGUGGUAACCCUUCAUUAACGCCUGGAGCAGGCAAAGUGAUGGUUGCGUUCUCAUGUCUAUUUAUCGUAGGCUUUGCAUGCACCUGGGGCCCUAUGGUCUGGGCCAUCAUUGCCGAAUUAUAUCCAUCUCGAUACCGUGCUACCGCCAUGGCAAUGGCCACUGCAUCGAAUUGGCUGUGGAAUUUCUUACUUGCCUUUUUUACCCCCUUCAUCGUUGGAGACAUCGACUUCUUAUACGGCUUUGUGUUCGCUGGCUGCCUCAUCUUGGCUGCCUCUCUGGUCUAUUUCGGUGUCAUUGAGGGCGCCGGACGUACUCUCGAGGAGAUCGAUAUAAUGUACCACUUGCGCGUUAAGCCGUGGAAGAGCUCGAAAUUUGUCAUUCCUCCUUCGUUCCAGAGGGGCGGUGACUCCAACGGAGGCAAUGAAGCAGCGAGAGCCGGGCCCGAAUCUCAAGGACAAGCCGCAGCAAACGUACAGGGAGCGAGCUAG